GCUCCAUCCAGUUUGAUGCUCAGUCAACUAUCCUCUCCGGAGAAACACACAGCAGCGACAACAACAUAAACAAUCUGAGACUCAUUCUGCAAACUUCAUCUGACCGGUAAAUUCAGUCGUGUCGCCAUGGUGAAAGGGGACGUUAACAAGCCAAAGGGCAAAACGUCAGCCUACGCCUUUUUCGUCCAGACCUGCCGCGAAGAACACAAGCGGAAACACCCCGAACAGUCGGUCAACUUCGCGGAGUUCUCCAAGCAGUGUUCUGAGAGAUGGAGGGGUCUGACUGCGAAUGACAAGCGUCGUUUUGAGGACAUGGCGAAGAACGACAAGGUGCGUUAUGAGAGGGACAUGAGGGGGUACGUCCCCCCAAAGGGGAUGGCCAAAAGUGGUAGGAAGAAGAAGGACCCCAACGCUCCAAAACGACCCCCGUCUGCCUUCUUUGUGUUCUCUGCAGAGUUCCGUCCUACGGUCAAACAGGAGUUCCCAGGCUGUUCUAUAGGAGAGUGCGCUAAGAAGCUGGGGAUCAUGUGGGGUCAACAGACUCCAACCCAGAAACAGCCGUUUGAAGAGAAGGCUCUCCGACUGAGGGAGAAAUACGACAAGGAUAUGGCUGCAUACCGCUCCGGUGCGAACGUAAAGCGGGCGCCGAUGCGACCCGGUCCCGGUGGCUCGUCUGGUGUGAUGCCCCACGCCGCGGCCGGUGGUGGAGACGACGAUGACGACGAUGACCUGGAGGACGAUGACGACGAAGAGGAUGAUGAUGAUGACGAGUAGAGCUGUUAGUGUUGUGUUCCAGCCUGUUGGAUCAGUAUGUUUGUUUUACCUCGCCCCCUGCACACCGGGUUGGUUUAGUUUUCACAUUUUGAGACCUAAAAGUGUAAACUCCACCCACCCGGGGUCACGGCUAGCUAAAACACACCCGGUUCCAGAGGAGGAAUCUGAUUGGUUGAAAGGUUGUGUGUGUGUGUGUGUGUGCCUGUCAGUGACCCUGGAGGACUGGCCCUAGGUCAGGGGUCAAAGGUUAGUUAGAGCUGGGCUGGACCAGACACAACCCGUAGGGGACUUAUAUUACCGCGUGUAAAUGAUUACUCAUCAUCUUAAACAUCUGUAACCCUGGUAACAGUUGCUGUGGGCCAACAUGUCCAAUAGCAGAGCUCUGUUGAGGGCUGGAUCUCUAGGAGGAUGUUGUUCCCCGGGCUUGUUCAGGCUCCUCAAUAUUAUCACGUGUUGUAACAGCCUGCUUUAAAAACACUGUUUUAUUUUUUUAAUUGAAAAAUGUGUCCUGAAACCCAUAUGUAGAAUCUGACUUUUUAUAAUAACAUUUUUAUGAUUCUGAAAAUGAA